CACCAUCCAUUUCAUCACCAUCGUGAGCUUUCGGAACAGCGAAUCCAUGGUGAAGCGGACUGUGCUCAAAGUAGAUAUCUCUUGCCAAAAGUGCAAGCAGAAGCUGAUACAUGCCGUCUGCGGGAUAGAAGGCGUUGAUAAGAUCGAGGUGGAUGGUGCCAAGAGCACUCUGACAGUCACCGGUGAUGCUGACCCCAUCGAAGUGAUUGUUCGCGCGAGGAAGCUGGGAAAAUUUGCUGAAGUGGUGAGCAUUGGUCCGCCGCCGCCGCCGCCGAAGCUGGUGCAGGAGAAGCAGCCUGAGAAAUAAAGGACGAUCAGUCACAUGCCCUCGGCUUGCCCGGUGUGCCAGCGGAUGGGCACCGGUCAUGCCCCUUUGUCUUGCUCCAUCCUGUGAAAUGUGGACAUUUCCAAGUUGACAUUUAUUAUUUCAUUAUCAAGCAGCUGGUGGCAAAGUUUGAUGUAUUAUUGUUCCUAUUCUGUUCCUUAUUUCUUCUUUCCUGUAAAAAUUAUUUAUGAAGUG